UCUUCAACACCGCUGCAAAUAAAUUUCGUCUAUAAUCACGGCGCGGACGCUUCUUGGGUCCGCCAUUCUGGUUCCUGUUUCUUUUCCGUCAUUCGUCGUGAAUCAAAAAAGGCGACCACAAUGGCUACUACAUCGUCACAUCUGAAUUGGUUGAUCAUCCGCAAUCACCAUUCGUACCUUCUGAAGAGGCCAAACAUCAAGAAGCCUUUCAGCACGGAGCCCAAUAACUUGACAAAUUUGAGCUCAUACCGCUACAGCGGGCUCGUGCACAAAAAGACUUUGGGAGUCGUCCCUGCCGCCGACAAGAAAGGCUUCACCGUUGUCUUGAAGAAGGCCAAGUACCAGAACCGCCCAGCCAAAAACACCGUUCGUGUAACGAUGAAGGCUGGCCCAAGGAGGUCACUGAAGAAGUUGAGGAAUCUUGUCCUUGGCAGCAAGUACCGUUAUGACUUGAAACAGGCUGCUCUUCGCCGUGCGUCAGCGAUCUUGCGAUCACAAAAGCCGUUGCCUGGAAAGAAAGCCCGUGCCGCCAAGAAACUUGAAUAAUUUCCAACUUCAAUAAAAUAAUUUUUAAUUUAAAAUUAA